CUCUGUCGGUAGCUUGCUCAUUGGGGCUUUCGCUACCUGGGCCGGCUUGGCUAUCUCGUUCACGGAACUACUAGGUGUUGAUUAUGUCGUUGCGACCGCGAAAUCUUCACUCGCUUUCCUUUCUUUCCUUGCAAGCCUGGGGGCCAGCACCGUGGUCUAUCGGUUAUUCUUCCAUCGCUUGCGACAUUUUCCUGGACCAUGGGGUGCAAAGAUCAGCCGAUUUUAUAAUGUAUCGAUCAUCAAACGCUCUGACUUCAAAUAUCACCUUGAGUUAGAGAAGCUACAUGCGGAGUACGGGGAUUUCGUUAGAACAGGGAUCAAUCCUGAACUUAUUGGCUUGAUAGGGCCUCGCGAGAUUUCUGUCAAUCGCUCGUCAGCGGUGCGAAUCAUUCAUGGCCCGCAAUCCAAGUGUUCAAGAGGGCCUUGGUACAGCCAGAUUUCCGAUAAUCCCGACAAAAUAGGCCUCCUAGCUUUGAGAGAUCGUGAACUCCACCGCGGCCGUCGAAGAGCAUGGGAUAGAGGCCUUGGGACGAAAGGUUG